UUUCUUUUCCAAAUUAUUUUCCUCUAAAAUGCCAACAGAUUUGAAAAAACCUUUAACAGAACAACAAAAAAUAAAAGCUUUAACUAGAGCUGAAAGAAGACGAUUACGAAGAUCAACACCAAAAUAUCGUAGUUUGCAUGCAAGUCGAGAGCGUAUACGUGUUGAGGCAUUUAACAAAGCAUUCCAACAAGUUAGAGAGCUUUUACCGAUAAAAACUGUUUAUAAUAAUGGAAAAAAUGUUCAAACAAAACAACAAAGAAAAAUGUCAAAAAUUGAAACAUUACAUUCUGCUAUUGAAUAUUUACGUUAUUUAGAAUUUAUGUUGAUUAAUUAA